UCGCUGCCUACCCACCUCACGGAGCGCACGCCGGCCUUGGUCAUCACUGCGCGAGGGGAGCGAACGAGAGAGAAGGAAGUCUCCGCUCCCAUCAUCUUCCUCCUCCGAGAGAGAGAGUGUGUGCGUGUUCCAAUGGCUGCUGUGAUGGCGUCACGCUUCAUCUCGAGGACCUCAUGCUCCAGCUAUGGUGGAGCUUUUGAUUCUGAGGCAAUGACUUUCCAGAGCAGAAGGGUUCCGUACUUGAGUACCCAUGCCACUACCUAUGAAGGUCUAAGAACUCGGAAUGUUGUGGAUUCACGUCAGAUGCAGUUGAAUGCCAAAGCAACUUCUAGGCAAGCUAGGAGGGGCACUCGUCAUGCUAGCCAUAGGCCCUGGGCUAUUGUUGUCUGUGGAAGUGGAAUGAACUUGGUGUUUGUUGGUGCUGAGGUGGCUCCAUGGAGCAAAACUGGGGGCCUUGGUGAUGUUCUUGGAGGGUUGCCACCAGCCAUGGCGGCAAAUGGACACAGGGUUAUGACUGUAGCACCACGAUACGAUCAAUAUAAAGAUGGGUGGGAUACUGGUGUCUUGGUUGAGCUAAAAGUUGGGGAUAGAACUGAAACUGUUCGGUUCUUCCACUGCUACAAAAGGGGAGUUGAUCGGGUCUUUGUUGACCAUCCAAUGUUUCUUGAGAAGGUUUGGGGCAAAACUGGAGGAAAGAUAUAUGGUCCUGUGACCGGAACAGAUUUUGAAGACAACCAGCUGAGGUUCAGCCUUUUGUGCCAGGCAGCUCUGGAAGCUCCAAGAGUUCUACAUUUCAACAAUAGUAAAUACCAUUCUGGACCGUAUGGGGAAGAUGUUGUGUUUAUUGCCAAUGAUUGGCACACUGCCCUUCUACCAUGCUACCUAAAGACUAUGUACCAAUCACAUGGCAUUUACAAGAAUGCUAAGGUUGCAUUUUGCAUUCAUAAUAUCGCUUACCAGGGCCGAUUUGCCUACUCAGAUUUUGCACGACUUAAUCUUCCUGAUAAAUUUAAGUCUUCGUUUGAUUUCAUUGAUGGAUAUGACAAACCUGUGAAAGGAAGGAAAAUUAAUUGGAUGAAGGCUGGAAUAAUAGAAUCAGAUAGGGUCCUGACUGUAAGCCCAUAUUAUGCCCAAGAGCUUGUCUCAGGUGUAGAGAAGGGUGUUGAGUUGGACAAUAUCCUGCGCAUGACAGGCAUCACUGGGAUAGUAAAUGGGAUGGACACCAAUGAGUGGAAUCCAUCAACAGACAAAUAUAUAUCUGCAAAUUACGAUGCAACAACAGUAAUGGAUGCAAAACCUCUCAAUAAGGAAGCUUUGCAAGCCGAGGUUGGGCUGCCUGUUGACCCAAAUAUCCCUGUUAUAGCCUUCAUUGGAAGACUAGAAGAGCAGAAAGGAUCAGACAUUCUAGCUUCAGCAAUUCCAGAAUUCAUUGAUGAGGAUGUUCAAGUAGUAGUGCUUGGUACUGGUAAGAAGAAGCUGGAGCGUCAGCUUGCAUUACUUGAAACAAUGUUUCCAGACAAAGUCAGAGCACAUCUGAAGUUCAAUGUUCCUUUGGCUCAUGGAAUCAUGGCUGGAGCAGAUAUCCUCGCUGUUACAAGUAGAUUUGAACCAUGUGGUCUUAUUCAGCUCCAGGCCAUGCAAUAUGGAAUUCCUCCCAUGUGUUCCACAACUGGUGGACUAGUUGACACCGUCAAAGAAGGUUGCACCGGCUUCCACAUGGGUCCCUUCAGUGUGGAGUGUGCUGUUGCCGACAAAGCUGAUGUACAAAAAGUUGUGAAAACCGUGAAGAGGGCCCUCAAGGUCUAUGGAACACCUGCUUUUGCAGAGAUGAUCCAGAACUGCAUGGCCCAAGAUCUCUCCUGGAAGGGACCUGCCAAGAAGUGGGAGCAAUUUCUCCUGAGUCUAGGGGCUGCAAAUAGUGAACCUGGUAUCGACGGCGAGGAAGUAGCUCCUCUUGCUGUGGAAAAUGUGGCCGCUCCAUGAGAAGUCGGAUACAAAUGUACAUUGUAUAGUGCUUCCAUCUGUGUUAUUGAGGGACUCUGAGGAUUGUCCAUAGGCAGAAUAAUCUUUUUCAUGUGCCAGUAAAUCUUGUAUGUCUGGUCUGAAGCCGAUCUUGUAGACUUAGUAGAGUAUGUCUAGUUAUUAACCGUGCUGUAAUCGGAAAGCCAUCUAUGAUGCUACCUUGCAAUCGUGUGCAAGUGCUUCUUGUAUCUAUCUGAUCUGAAGAAAAUCUUGUAACCGCAGUAUUAUCUUGCUAUUAAA